ACCUCUCUUUCAUCGCCCUUCCCUCGUGGACUCAAGAGAAUUGCUUGCCGGUAUUAUCAGUGUUGUUUCGGCCGUUGCGGCUCUUUCUUCAACGUUCCGAUAUACUAUUUUCGCGUUUGCUAAAAGUGAAUUUCGUGGUUGUUUUUCAUCGAAGCUCAUUAUAUUCUAAAGAUUUUCUUCUAUAAUUGCAUCAAUAAGCCAGCUACAAUUUUUACUUCGCAAAAAAAUGGAUUCACAAAAUUGGCAAAAGGGAGACGGUUUCUACUCUCACGAACACCACACAUAAAAAGAAGAAAACUGUUAACUCCUCGCCUACUAAAAAUACUCGAGGAUUCCUCUCAAUUUGUCCAAAGUUUUCUGUCCCUCUACAGAAACCUAAAAAUUUAAAAGAUGCACAAAAUUCGACUCUACGUGGUCCAGGAACAGGAGGAGGCACCAGACGAGGAAUAUUUUGAUGAACCUGAUCAUCCACCGCCGAUGAUGCAGAGAAGAAAUUCUAGAAGACCUGGGGCUGUCAGGGUCAACGUAAUUCAAAAAGACAGAAAAUCUGAUUCCAUUUCCCCGAAACUGAAGCAAAUUCGGCAGGAGAUGAACAAAUGCGACGUAAAUUCCCUCGAGAAGACCCUUUCUCUUACGAAUAGGCGAGGAAAUCUGGUUCGAAUCGAGAAUGGCGUGAGAGCUGGAAAACUCAAAAUUCCUCCACCUUUGCCCAUAAGGACGACUACUUUAUUACCUCGAAAAACUGUUUUUGCUUCUCCUAGAAUUAAGCAGCUGGCACUGAAUCUCCAGGAGAAGAUGAUCGAGAGAAAUGCUAAAAUGCAGGGCGAAAAUAUUGCGAACGGAAAUGUUCACUUCCCAAAUAAGAAUGUCCAGGUUGGAAAUAAAAAUUCCAAGAUGGCAAAUGAAAAUGUAGACGUUAGAAGUGAAAAUGUCUGGGUUAGAAAUGAGAACGUUCAGGCACUGAAGGAUGAAAAAGUAAAGUUGGUGGUACGCAGGUCGAAUAACAGGAAUGAAAAUUUUUUGAGGGGACUUACUCCUAUCAUUGAGAAUCUAAAUGGAAAUGGAGAAGUUGAUGAGGCUAGGAAGGUUGAGAGGCAGAAAAACGGAAAUCCUUGGAUUAGCAAACGUUCAUGCGAGUAUCAUGAACUGAAGGAGGGAGAUGAAAUGGAAAAUGAUAGAGACGAAAGAUUCGAUGGUAGAUUGUCAAAAAUAGUACGUGUUAAAAGUGACGUGAUUCAAGGUGAAAUGAUUCAGGAUGAUGACUGUGUUAAGAUUGGAGAUGGGGGGGCAACUACUGGGUCCGUGAUUCUACGCAGGAAUAAUAAACUCAACAGAUAUAGGGAGUAUGACCUCGAGCAGAAGAUCGAAGUGGAGAUCAAAAUGCGGGAAGGAUCGGCCCGUCUUUUGGCGGCUGCUCGUCAUCGGGCACAAAGUUUGGAGGCUGCUAGAGCCCUUCUGACAUCCAACGAGAGAAUGUCUGCCUACAUGGCUGAGUUGCAACGUCGCAAAAAAGAACCAUCCAACAAAACAAGUUUGCCUGCAAGUGCAGCGAGAGUUUCGCUCUCGGAUCUCAGAGUGCCACUGAUGUGGAGAGAUUCGGACCACUUCAAAAAUCGGGGUGACUACCGAAGAUUUGCUGUUUUCUGCUUGGCUCGUGUUGGGACAGAAAUUCACGAUACUGCCCUUCUUUGUCCCGUUGAUCGGGCCCUCACCGAUAUUAGUUUUCCAGACGUAUUAGUCUAUAAUAACGUGCCAGCAGAAUUUGAUUUAACACUCGAGAUCUACAGUCAUGUACUUCAGGAAGACUUGAGUAUAGCAAGUACUCCUCGAAGAAUUAAAAGGACUAUCCACUCCUCGAUCUCGAAAACUGUUGGAAAAAAGCUUGCCGCUUCGCUUCGUGACGAACUCAACUCCGGUAAAAUAGGACCACACUUCGAAUUAAUGGCGUCGGCAAGAUUGACGCUCGAUGAUACGGACGAUAACAUUCACACUCAUGAUCUUGUUAUUAAGAAUUUAGAAAAUAAACAUCACGCUCUACCUCUAUUCGGACACUUUUGUUGUCGGCUGGCGGCUCAGCCAGAUUGUAUAAGCAAAGAAAUCUGUACCGGCAAUAUUAAUUUGAAUGGCCGAAAUUGCUGGGCUCGACUGCAAGGAUUCGAAAUGCGAACCUGGGAGUCGAGAAAAUUGGCCGAGGAAGAUCAGAGUCCUGCGCACACAAUUCCUGUCAAUCGGGAAACUUCCAUCCAACCUUCGAAGUCUUCGAGAGAGCUGCGAAUCGUCAACAACGUUGAUGGCAAUGAGAAGACAGCCACGAUCAAACUGGACUCGAGCGAAGAGGCUCAAAGGUGGCUCAGACAAUUGAAUACUCACGCUAAGGAUCAUCUCAGGUGGAAGCAUGCUGCAGAAUCCAUUCAGGAUGUUCCUUGUGUCGAAAGUGCUAGGAAUUCUUUCAUCAGCAAUAAGAGACAGGGAUCCCUCUACGACGAGACUCCCUUAAUUGAAUCGGUGCAACUGGAUUUCGCCUCUUCGCGUCCAACAGUUCAGGAAAUCUUCGGACUAACUCCAAGCACAAGUCUGAGCAGCUGCAGUUCGAGCAACAGUCCGCCAAGUUUGCGAUCGCGAUCUUUGAGUACAAGUGGACCUCGAAAACUCAGUGCCAGUGCCCUCAAAUCCCAUUGGCCAUUUUCCAACAAAAGCCACGAUUAAGUCGAAAUCCGAAUCCCCGAUUCAAUAGUCUCUCUAAUCUUCCCAGAAUUAGCGAAAUCUUCCUAAAUUGUGCAAUUUAGAACAAAACUAUAUUUGUUCUUGUAGAACAAGAAUACAAUAAACGACGACGAAUUGCUGAACAAGGAAACAGAUUAUUUCGUCUAGGAGUUUCGGACAAAGAGACUUUUGCUUUCAUAGUCUACUUUUUAAAUGUCUUCAUAUCGUCGCACUCGACUCGAAAAGACUGAACGAUAAAAAAUAUAUAUAUUAAAAGAACGAAAAUGUGAAAAAAGACUCUCGGAGAUAGUAGCGAUCAUAAAGUUUAUGGUUCUUGCCUGCCGAUACUCUGGAUUUUUUUUUCUACAUUUUGUCAUGCGAGAGUUUAUUUAAUUCGUGAAACUUGGGUUCAUGUUCUAUUUGCGCUUAGCGCGAAUAGAUAAUGUUUAUUUGCGUCAAGCAAUUGUUUCUUUUUUUUUUGCAGGUGAAAUCAAGUUUUUUUUUUAGACCAUAUUCGUUAUGAUCAUCUGCUAAGCAAUAAAUGUAAUAAUUUUUUUCGAAAAUCGAAUUACGCUUUUGUUACCCUAGAUACUUUAUUCCAUGCCUCUGCACUUUUAUAUGCAUGCAAGGAAAUAAUUGUAGAAGUUUUCGAUUUACAAUAAUUGCGAGGCAAUUUUAUUGCAGAAAAUAUGUAUUUUUUGUUGAAAGUCAACCAAACGAGAAUUUAUUAUUCGCAAUAUUCUCUUCGAUGAGAUUUCUGUACAAGUGUACAAUAAUUUAAAGAGAUUGAGUUUCAGUGUAUUUUAUGACGCGAAUCAAAAAUGCGGAGAAAAUUCUGAGAUAUGAGCAAGUUUAUCGCGAUUUCCAUUCCAUGGCACUGCUUAUAUUGAAAAAAAAAGAAUCAUGGAUAAGUGUAAUUUUCCUACGGAUCAAAUUUUCGUAGAGAAUAUAAUGAACGUAAUCACUGCUGGAGAUUAUGAUUUUGUUAGAGAAAAAGCGAAUUAAAAAUUGAAACUUGAAUAACAGUGAAGACGUUGAGAUGUUUAGAUUAGUGUUAAACAUUUUUCAUCGUCACUAAUAAUGUAGAAACCUAUUUUGUACCUAACUUUCAUUGUAAUGUAUGUUACAGCGAUAAUGUAUAAAACUUGUGGAUCUGCAUUUAUUUGAAUGAUACAAUUAAUUGAAUAUUGAAUCAAUAUUAAGCUAUUAAUACUCUUACGGUAUUGAAAAUUUUGAAACUCGAUUUAUUGUGAUUUACGGUACGAGACGAAUAUAAAUAAAGGCAAUUAAUUU